UUGAAGCCCGGUGUCGAUGGGCCACGUCCAGAAGAGCAAGGGUGUGACUGCAUCCUUGGUCUCGCCUUGCGCCGGGGAGGUGGUCGCUUUCCUGCAGCUUUUCUAAGGGGACGUUUCCGGCUCGGUUCCCGGCAGCCGGCACGUGACUGGGCUGUGUUCAUCCAGAUCGACCAGUCGCUCGAUGGGGAGCGCCGGCAGCCUACCUCUGUGUGUCACCUGCCCACCUCUCUGUAGCAAGGAAAGCCGCUUCAGCACCGCUUCAGUAAUGAUGAUGAAACUGGUAUUAACUGAAUGGCAUUUAUGGAUUUUUAACUCUAAUUCACAGUAAACCAGCAAGCCAUAUGUUUAAUCCAACCAAAAAUCGUCCUGUUUUGCUGCGUGUCUCAUCCGAUGGUGAGACGUUCCGAGAUACCUGUUUGUACAAAGAGGAAUAUAAGUAUCGCUCGCCGGAGGAACACCACUGAAGCAGAAAGAGAAGACGUCUUAAUUUAUCCUUAAAGAUAUAUGAUAGAAUUAUUUAUAUAGGCAGAGUAAAUAUAUAUAUUUUUUUGGUGGUAAUGAAAAUGGCUCCGCAGAAUGCCGACUCAGAAUCUAUGCAAGUUCAGGAGUUAGCGGUGCCCCUGCCGCACCUGCAGAAGCCGGGGAGCGCGGAGGCGGAGACGCGCGACGAGACCGCCAGCGAGGGGUCCGUAGACCGCAUCCCCGUGCGCCUGUGGGUGAUGCACGGGGCCGUGAUGUUCGGCAGGGAGUUCUGUUACGCCAUGGAGACAGCGCUGGUCACGCCAAUCCUGUUACAGAUCGGCCUUCCGGAGCAGUACUACAGCCUCACCUGGUUCCUGAGCCCCAUCCUCGGCCUCAUCUUCACCCCCCUCAUCGGCUCCGCGAGUGACCGGUGCACCCUGAGCUGGGGCCGCCGGCGGCCCUUCAUCCUCGCGCUCUGCGUGGGCGUGCUCUUCGGAGUGGCGCUUUUCCUUAACGGCUCUGCCAUCGGUCUGUCCCUCGGCGAUGUCCCCAACCGGCAGCCCAUUGGCAUCGUCCUCACGGUGCUGGGGGUGGUGGUCCUGGAUUUCAGCGCCGACGCCACCGAGGGGCCCAUCCGCGCCUACCUGCUGGACGUGGUGGACAGCGAGGAGCAGGACAUGGCCCUCAACAUCCACGCCUUCUCCGCCGGCCUCGGCGGGGCCGUCGGCUACGUGCUGGGGGGGCUGGACUGGACCCAGACCUUCUUGGGCGCCUGGUUCCGAACGCAGAACCAGGUGCUCUUCUUCUUCGCGUCCGUCGUCUUCACGGUGUCGGUGGCCCUGCACCUGUUCAGCAUCCACGAGGAGCAGUACAGCCCCCAGCAGGAGCGCAGCGUGGACACGGCCGAGGCACCGGCCCCCGGCCCCCACGCCAGCAUCCUGGACGGCGGUGCCCUGUUCCCGGACGAGGUGCAGUCGGAGCACGAGCUGGCCCUGGACCGCCUGGACGCGGGCAUCGUGCGCAGCAAGAGCGACUCGGUGCUGCACGUGCCGGACGCCGCGCUGGACCUGGAGCCCGAGCUGCUCUUCCUGCACGACAUCGAGCCCUCCAUCUUCCACGACGCCUCCUACCCCAGCACCCCCUGUAGCACCAGCCAGGAGCUCACCCGGGCCCGGCCGCCCCGCCUGCCUCCACUGCUCCGCGAGCCCACUGGGGAGGACGAGACCCUGCUGGAGAACCACCUGAACGCAGCCAGCCUCCCGAAUGGAGGCGGCUCCGCGCCACGCGAUGGUCUGGGCGGCUACAGCAGGGUGGACGUGAAGCCCUCGGCCGCCGCGGGCUCGGUGCGCCGGCGCCGGCACGUGUUCCGCCGGCAGGCCUCCAGCACCUUCUCCUACUACGGCAAGAUCGGGUCCCACCGCUACCGCUACCGGCGCGCCCACGCCGUGGUCCUGAUCAAGCCCUCGCGCAGCAUGAGCGACCUGCACGAGCUGCAGCAGCGGCAGCGGCAGCGCUGCCGGCGCCGCAACCAGAGCGGGGCCACCACGUCCAGCGGGGACACGGAGAGCGAGGAGGGCGAGGGCGAGACCACCGUGCGGCUGCUCUGGCUCUCCAUGCUGAAGAUGCCACAGCAGCUGGUGCGGCUCUGCCUCUGCCACCUGCUCACCUGGUUCUCCGUCAUCGCCGAGGCCGUGUUCUACACCGACUUCAUGGGCCAGGUCAUCUUUGAGGGGGACCCCAAGGCUCCUUCUAACACGACUGCCUGGCAUGCCUACAAUGCGGGCGUGAAGAUGGGCUGCUGGGGCCUGGUCAUCUAUGCGGCCACCGGUGCCACUUGCUCAGCGCUGCUGCAGAAGUACCUGGACAGCUACGACCUGGGCGUCAGGGCCAUCUACGUGCUGGGGACGCUGGGCUUCUCCGUCGGCACGGCCGUGAUGGCCGUCUUCGCCAACGUCUACGUGGCCAUGGUCAUGAUCAGCACCAUGGGCGUGGUGUCCAUGAGCAUCUCCUACUGCCCCUACGCCCUGCUCGGGCAGUACCACGACAUCAAGGAGUACGUUCACCACAGCCCCGGGAGCUCCAAGCGUGGCUUCGGCAUAGACUGCGCCAUCCUCUCCUGCCAGGUCUACAUCUCCCAGAUCCUGGUGGCCUCCGCCCUGGGCAGCGUGGUCGACGCCGUGGGCACCGUGCGCGUCAUCCCCAUGGUGGCCUCCGUGGGCUCUUUCCUGGGCUUCCUGACGGCCGCCUUCCUGGUCAUCUACCCGGACGUGUCUGAAGAGGCCAAGGAGGAGCAGAAGGGCCUGUCCCCCCAGGCACCGGGCGAAGGCGGGAGCAGCAGCGUGGAGAAGCCCACCGUCCUGAAGCUGUCCCGGAAGGAGGGCCCACAGGGGCUGGUGGAGACCGAGUCCAUGGUCUGAGCCGCGCCCCCUGCACACACAUUCCAGGGCCGUGGCGGGGGAGGGGGCGGGAGGUGGUCGCCACCCGGCCGGCUGGCUUGCUGUGGCCUCUGCGGCAGCACAGACCCAGCUGGAGGCUCAGUGGUUGUAGGGUAGCUUUGCCCCACUAGGCAAAAGUACCACGUUCAUUACUUUUCCCACAAUUAAAAAAAAAUCAUUUGAAAUCUUUUUUUUUUAAUCCAAAAAGAUCUUUUAAUUUCACUUUAUCUUUUAUUCUGCAGGUAUAUUAUUCUGCAUGUUUUAAAAUUAUAAACCAGAUUUACAAUACAGACUAUAAGCGAUUUAGAAAAAAAUAAGAUUUUUGCAUUUCUAAAGUUAUAAUUGAAAACAAAAAAUAUCUGAUGUAUUUUGCUAUAUCUUAUCUGAGUUCUUCAGAUAAUAGUCGUGUAGUCAGUGACUAAAACAUUUUUAUCACAUUUUUUCCCUGUGGACGCCUACAGGUAUUUGGACGCUCUGUCAGAUCUCAUCACAUUUUGUUGGUGCUGCAGCUAUUGGAGAGUAUUUUUCUCUAUGAUUACUUUAGAAAAGAAAAUUUUUUUGUUUGUUUGUUUUGUUUUCCAAAGCUGUGGUUUUCUUAGAAGAACAGCAUCUCCUGUUUUCCUCCGAGUUUGACGCACUGCGCCCGGGCAGCCCCGUUCUUGGACGGCGGGCCGUGGUGCGGUGACACCAAAGCUGGGAGGAGGCGCAGGGCCCCUGGGUUCUCUUGGGGAGACAGGGCAAUUUGCAAGGCCCGAUUCCAGGCACCCCUCUCUUUGGCGGGCUGGACCAGGCCGGGCCGGGCCACCAGCGAGGGGGCAGCCCUUGAGCUGGUGAUCUGCCCCUGCCUGUGCUCUCGGCCCGUCGGCCCGUCUGAAGCUCCCCGGAGAGGCUGGGACUCUUUCAUGGCACUUUGAUUCAUCUUUAAACCAUCUGUGGGGGAAACCCCACUGCCAGGCCCGCAAGCUGGACACUCUGCACCCUUCUGACCUCCGCGCCUGCUCACCCCACUGGCCGCUGGAAUCAGAACCACCUCACAGUGAAGAAAGUGGGUCUUGCGACAGAAGGAAGGUCCACUCCACAGGUCAGCUCGGCGCGGUGUUUCUGGUUUCAGUGGAGAGCCAAGCUCAGACUCCGGGGAAGUGCAGUCGUCACAUGCUGCAGCUGUUUGGAAAUGCUUUUCAAACCACAAUCUCUUUAUAACUAAGCAGUGUCUGCUUUUCUUCUUUGGAAUGGUCAGUCUCAGUGUACUGAUCUCAGGAGAAAGAGGGAGGCCUUCUGCACAUUACCCAGAGAAAGUGAGAGGAUUGGCAUACUUUGCUGCCUCAAGUUGAUGUUUUUUUAAAUAAAGUACUGUAAAAUGCAUGAGAAUCAUGCUGCAAUAUGAUUAUUCUGAAGCAAAUAUAUAUAUAUAUUUCAAGAUGAAACUCAGCAGUUUUUAAACUACUUGAAUUCUCUGUGUGUUGAAAGGAACAGCCGUGUCUAACGUACUUGACCGGCCUCUGGUCUCGCCCUGUCUCUCCAUCGCUGGUGGCACUGUGUAGUGUGUGAUUUCUGCCCGAGGAGCAGCGGUGCCUGUCCACGUCGGACGUGUCCACAGGCCACGUGUCCUUCCUCGGAAGCCCAGGGUCACACAGAACCACCGGAAGACGGGAGCGUUUUCGAUGUGCAUCCCAGCUGGAGCAUGGCCUCAGGGAUCUUGUGCUUGGAUGCGGAAGUCCUUCCACCACUGCAGGCCCCAGCGGUGUCCUUGAGGUCCCCACUGGCCAUCCGGUGCGUGCUUCUCCUCUCCGCCCCCCAGCAGGUGCCCUGGUAGGUCACGUAUAUGCAAGUUGAUGGUCUUCAUGGCUUUAGGAUGGCAGGUCCUCUUACUGUGAUUCUCAGGGCCGUUGGUCGUGUCAUCCGAGUCCAGCCUCUGUUUAGCUGCCUUGCUCCUCGAGCGGUCUCCUGGCAGCUAGAAAACAGGGAGGCCAGAGAGCAGAGAAGGUGGGGGGCGGGGGGAGGAGUCCCAAUCGAGCUCUGAGGUGAACCAGCUAGAAGGGCCGCAGCUCCCGGGCCCUGCCCUCAUCCACCGCCGGUGCUCCCAAGUCCGGGGCCCACCUGGGGCUUGAUGGGUAGGGGCAGGAGGGGCCUGUGGCAGGACCCCCCCCGAAAUGUGGUAACCCUUGAGAUCGUGAUCUGAGCUAGGGAAGACGUCAGAGGACAUGUGUUGAAGUCGCUGUUAGGUUAGGACAGGAACGACACUGGAAAGCGCGGGGCAGGCCCUCGGAGGGCGUGGUCCCCGUGGGCGGCUCCACGCGGAAGCGGGGGAGUUUUACAGCUUUGGAAGCCCCGUGGAUGUUUGUGACCAACAUGUGUCUUCCUGUGUGGGCCUGGGGGGGCAGGUGCCUUGCGGUCUGUGUCAGGAGCCGUGGAGGAGCCGGCCUGCAGCGCCGCCCUCCCGGCCCUCGCCCGGUCGCCUGGGGGUGGGUGCGUUCACCUCAGCCCCGCCCUGGCAGCGAGGUUCCUGCCAGGUCGCACUGACUUGAAGCUGUGUCGUCACCUUGUGUCUUAAGAGAAGCUGAGAGAGGCAGGGCGGGCUGGCGGCCCACCCCCCCCCGUGGCUCGGGGGCCUGUGCUCGCCGUACCUCAGAUAGUCCAGGCGGGCAGGUCCACUGUGGCCGGCGGCGGAGGGGACUGGUCCGGCGGUGACCGGGGGGCUGUGACACCCACCGGGUAGGCUGGCCGGGUGGGUGGCGCUGGAGACGCGCCCGGAGUGGGCCCCGGGGGUCUGCGGGCCUCGGGCAGGCGGCGUGCUGGGCAGGGAUUUGGUUGGUUGCCGUGUCGUAUAAAUGGACUCACUACCAAAAACACUUGGGUCUGAUGUGCACCUUUGGUUCCCUGUAAAAGUCAGCGAAGGGAAGAAUCUUUUAAAGAGCUGCCCCACAUGCCUGGUGGCGCUCUGCCCGGUGCGGGGCUGCGCCCGCGGGAAGCUCGAGGGGCCGUCGGUGUCGGCCAGGCGGCGCCCUGACCCCGUCCGGUCGGCAGGGUCCGCGCUGCGGUGUCCCCGGGUGGGCGGGGGGCUGGCCGUGGGGUCCCCCCGGUGCUGUCUGCUGCCCCUGAGAGGGCCCCGGGGGACCAGCAUCUCCCCCUGGAGGGAGGAGGCCGGAUGGCUGGGCCCUGAGAAGAUCAUUGGCUCAGAAUAGUCCUAGGGUGUGUUUCUUAAAGACAUGACGGGGGAGAAGUCGCUCUCUGGCCCCCAGGCCCCAAGGUGGAGCCUCUGAGAGGCUGCUGCGGAGGCAGGAGUGGCCGGUAGAACCUGUGCGGGAGGGCUGUCUUCUCUCCAGCCUUCAGGGCGGCCCAGGCCUGGGCUGUUCAUGUGCAUGUUUGAAAAACACUCCAGGAGGUACAGCCCUUCCCUUCUGUGGCUGAGGCUGAGCAGCAGCCAGCAACAGGGACAGCUGCCCCACGGGGCGACUCUGUCAAACACCAGAUUCUCUGGACAUGAACCACCUUCGAGCCGUUGGGCGUACACCCGAGCUUCUGUGCCCCUUUGGCCACCCCGGCCAGCACCCCUGCCGGGGUCCUCCUGCGAAGGUUGCUGCUAGAAACAGACGCGCCUGACUUUUCGUGUUACAUCUGUAAGUGGCUGCUUCUAAGACACCAUCCAUCUUCUGCCUGCUUCCGGGCCUGGGGGCUCCGGCCCGCCUGAUGGGGCUGCCCCGAGGGCCCACUUCCGGAGCGCCCGCAGAGCGGUGUCCAUUCCGCACGGCCCUUGGACACCCGGCACGCACGGGGGCUGUUGUCAUUACCUCCUCGUGGGGAGCCAAGCUGUCGCGGUCCCGGCCCCUCGACCAGCCCAUCCUCGGGCGUGGCUGGCUGCACGGGGCCCUCUGCAGAGCUGAGCCCUCCCCCGGGCUGCCAGGGGCACCGUGCCACGCGCUACGGACCGGGACUGUCUCUUGGUGGCGGAAUGACCCAAGUGUUGGAAAUGCCUCUUGUUACCAGAGAAACUCCCCAGGCAUCUCGGAACAAAACCUAUUUAGUUCCAUUGUGAACUGGUCACAGGACAACUCUUUUUUAUCAACUUAUUAAGUUGGAGCACUACACUAGCUCUUGCUGAUUUUAGCAGUGAUAUAAGUGUGUGUUAAACACAUAAUGUUUUAUGAGGAAAAGGGAUUAUAAAGAAGAGUAAUAUCGCA